CCAGAGGCCAUGACCAGCCUUUUUCUGGCCGCCUGUAGGGCGCGCCCUCCGCCUCCUACCCUUCUUUUUUCCAGGUCACUGUCCUCAUUACAGGCCAGCCGGUUACGCGUGUCGUUUCGGCCGCCACCACCAACUUCCGUAUCCUCUUCCCCGACACUUCGUGUAUUAUUCUCCCAAUCCCGACAUAUCUCUAUUGGUUCUGUUUUCUCUCGCUCAAAACCGACAUCCGCACCGUCACCACACGUCGUCGUCGAGAUUUCCAAACUGGAAGCUGAAGCAGACAUUAACCGCCACGAUGUUGGCAAACAAAUAACACUCUUCCAAGCCUUGGUCUCGACUAACUUCAAGCAAUCAUACGAGGUUGUGAUUAGCCGGUGGGAGAAAAUGUGCGAAUUCGACCCAACCUCCCCAUUACUGCACUCCUCAGAGGCCUUCCGUCUUUACUUGAUAUGUUUGGUGAAUACAGCUCAACCUGGCUCUGUGUUCCCCGCCAUUCGUAGACGGGAUGCAUUGCUUGCCGCUAACCCUGCGCCCACAACCGUGACGGAGUCAAAUAAUGCUUCGCCAUCAGAGACUUCACAACCUUUGCCUGCAACCCUUUCUGAAAGCCAGAUAAUUGGUCAAUCUGUUUUGGCUGGCGCUGGUCAAGCUGGGGCAAACGGCUCAUUCUCUCAUCGACUUUCCACCGCUCUUGAAUCUCGCGGAGGCCCUGUGGAUCCAAUUCCAGUGGUUAUCCAGCAAAAUAAAUCAUGGGGCCAGUCACUCGUCAGAUAUGUUUUGGGUCUUCUCGUUGGAUCUUUCUUCUUCUUGGUUAUCUUGUCGGUUUUCUUUGAGAACACUGGACUUAUGAAAGUUGGUCCGACGAAGGCGCAAUACGAGCCAACGGAAGGAAACUUGGUCAAAUUCGGCGAUGUCCAUGGGGUAGACGAGGCAAAGGAGGAAUUGCAAGAUGUCGUCGAGUUCUUGAAAGACCCGAGCGCUUUCGCAUCCCUUGGCGGUAAACUAACAAAAGGUGUCUUGCUUACCGGACCGCCAGGUACAGGGAAGACCAUGCUUGCUCGAGCUGUGGCGGGAGAAGCAGGCGUUCCAUUCUUCUUCGCGUCGGGGUCUGAUUUCGAGGAAAUGUUCGUUGGAGUAGGCGCCAAACGCGUGCGAGAACUGUUUGCCGCUGCCCGCAAAAAGGACCGCGCAAUCAUUUUCAUAGACGAGUUAGAUGCUGUUGGUGGAAAGCGCAGCAGUCGCGACCAGCAAUAUAUGAAGCAAACCCUGAACCAACUGCUUGUUGAGAUGGAUGGCUUCCAGCAAGCUGAGGGUAUCAUCGUGAUUGCCGCAACUAACUUCCCUGAGAGCUUGGACCAAGCCUUGGUUCGUCCAGGACGGUUUGAUAGGAUUAUUGCUGUUCCCCUUCCCGAUAUUCGCGGGCGUGCACAAAUACUGCAACACCACAUGAAGGGCGUCAUUACGGCCAAAGGCAAGCCAUUUUUGCACUCGAUGUCGACACUAAAAUACUCGCGCGGGGCACUCCGGGCUUCUCUGGUGCCGACUUGCAGAAUAUGGUCAAGUAAGGGUUUCCCAGUUCAGGCGGCUAUCCAGGCGGCAAAGGAGCAUGCUAGUGAGGUUGCGUUGAAGCAUCUGGAGUGGGCAAAGGAUCGGAUUCUCAUGGGAGCCGAAGGCAAAAGUCGAUUUAUCGACCCCAAGAACAAGUUGGCCACGGCCUAUCAUGAGGGCGGACACGCACUCGUGGCUCUUUACACAGAAGGUGCAAUGCCGUUACACAAAGUGACCUGUCUUCCUCGUGGCCAUGCUUUGGGUUAUACGUCAUUUUUACCUGAAGGCGACCAAACUUCCGUGAGCCUCAAGGAAUAUUUGGCGAGGAUUGAUGUUUCCAUGGGCGGCCGGGUGGCCGAGGAAUUAAUCUAUGGAAGUGAACAUGUCACUAGUGGCGCUAGCUCGGACAUCAUGGCGGCAACGAGUACCGCCCGGAGGAUGGUUACAAACUGGGGUUUCUCAAAACUUGGGCCUGUUUACUACGACAUUCGUGAUGGCAACCUGAGCUCACGAAUAAAAGACACAAUUGAAGAAGAAGUUACCAGUCUUAUUCUAGCAGGACAGAGCCGGGCAACGACAAUAUUAUCUUCUCGGAUAGAGGAACUUCAUCGGCUUGCACAUGCAUUGGUAGAACACGAGACGCUGGAUUCUGAUGAAGUCAAACGCGUUAUCAAGGGAGAGCCGAUACGAAGCAUUACUCAGGUUUUAGAGGACGACCUUUCUCAAUCUACUGCUAAAGACUAG